AUUUCCUCGGGUCCUGUGUCUGUUGCAGGUGGGAGGCCGAGCAGAGACUGAGACAGUCUGUGGAGAUGGAUAUUGAUGGACUGCACCAACUGAAGGACACCUACACACAAUUACAGGCUGGUCUGGUUGAUGAGAUUGCUGCACUGGAAGGCGAGAUUGCAAUCAUGAAGAGGGACCAUGAAGAGCAACUGAGGCUCCUGCGCCAGCAGAAGACUGCAGAUAUCGAUGUCGAAGUCGACUCUGCUCCUUCCAUUGACCUGGCAGCGAAACUACAGGAAAUGCGUGAAAGUUACGCCAAGCUUGCAGACCAGAAUAAAAAGGAUUUGGACACUUGGUACCAGGAGCAGGUACAGAUUCAAGCCACACAGACCAAACAGGCUAACCAGGCUUAUGUUGGGGUGAAGGCCGAGCUUACUACAUACCAUCAGGAGUUGCUGACCCUGGAUGCUGAGUAUAACGCCUUGCUCGGCUCUCUGAAGGGUCUGGAGAAUAACCUGAUGAACGUCGAGUCCAGAUACGACAUGCAGCUUCAGGGACUACAGUGUAGAAUCGCACAGCUGGAGGGAGAGCUGGGACAGAUCAGAAGUAACAUCCUUCAGCAGACACAGGAAUACGAGAAGCUGCUUAACAUCAAGAUGAAUCUGGAGAAGGAGAUUGGGCAGUACAGGAUUCUGUUGAAUCAAAGCCAAAGCUCGAUCCAAUCUGGUAGCAGCUCCUCCUCCUUUUUGUCAGGAUCAGGAUCUCAAUCUGGAACAGGAUCUAGCACCUCAGCAACCACAACGAAAAUUAUCACAGAAAGGAUAACUCGUUAUUAAUGACAACGGCUGGCACCAGGUCUCUCGGCAAGGCAUUUUCUGGAGAACCAUCAUGAUUAUUUGCUGUUGCGGUUUCUUACAGAAUCUCAGGUUGUGGGCUUUUCUCAUGCGAGGCUUCUGUCUCACAGCCUUAACUUCUAUUGCACUGAAAUUGUAACAGAGCACCCACGACUCCCUUCAGACAGAAUCCACUGUGUCCAAAUCCAAUCCAUGGGGGCUACUGCUCCAAGAGAACCUUCACCACCACCUCCUCUUAAAAGACUGACCCUUCUCCAUGUGACCGCUCUUGUUGCCAAUCUGCCCCAUGCAGAAACACCAACACUAGCAAGACACUGCUAGGGAGGCAAUGUAAUUGUUCCCAUUCCCCAUGUGGUGCCGUGUGCCCCAACCAGCUGAAAGGUAGUAGUGCCUAUGGGCUGGAUUCUUUGGCCUAGGGGCACAGUGGGUCUGAUCACUGUUCGGCCCCUUUGAGACUGAACCUAAGGUGAGGGAUUGGCUCGAGAUUCCCAGGCUGAUGGGAGCCUCCAGGGGGUCUGUUCCUCACAGAAGGACCAAAUCACAGAAGCCAGGCCUUUCUCAUUAGAGUCAGACCUUGCCUGUGAGCUGGCAUCUUUCAACUCUGCCUUAAUGCAGAGGAAGGAAACUCGCUGAGUCUCCCUGACCACUGGCCUUAGUGAUUAACUUCCCUGAACUGGGGGAUAGGACUGACUUGACUCACCUCUGGAACCGGACUGACUGCGUCUGUGGAAAGCCCUGGGCUGCUCAGAAAUCUCAAUGUCUUUCUGUAUGUCCAUUCUCUGCUUCAAAGCCAAUCAAUAAAUGCUACAUUUGUCAUCCUC